ACCCUUCAUCUCUCUUUCAUUCUCCGUCGCCGUCGACACCAGAAUUUUCCAUUUUUGGCCGCCGACCCAUCGUCGUCGACUCCCCUUUUAUGUCUUGACCGCUACAUCCCUUUCUCCCCUUUCUCUUAAGAAUGAAACUUUUGGAGGGAAGGAAACACAGCGACGGUUCUUCAUCUCUUCCUCUUUGACUUGAAUUCCUUCCUUUUCCUUUUCCUCCGUUUCUGCUCGUUUAUUGUUGUCAUCAGAUUUGAACUCCUCAACAGAAGAAUUCUUCCUGCCAUUUAAUUCUGAUUUUUCUCUACUUGAUGAGCACUGUUAAGUUGCUGUUUUUGUCUUCUCAUCUCAUCUCCCCCUGUUCUUGCACAUGAAUUGUGCGUUUUGCUGAGAUAAUCCUGCAAAGUUAUAUUUUUCUGCACUCUUCUUGACACUAUCAUGCUGAUUUUUGCCCCCUAAAAACUUGCUGAAAGCUACACGAAAUGCUGCCAAAGAAUUUUGAUUAUUCCCCCCCUUAUUGUACUUUUGUUUUGGCCACUAACUUGCUGUCCAUUUUUCCUCAUUUGGUACAAAAUUCAGACAGGUACUGAGUCUUGUGCACCUGUGGAACCCAUUCACAAGACGCCUCCUCCUAGUUUGGGGCGUGACAAUAACAAUUCCUCACCUUGGUCUCCUAAAGAAAACCUACUUCAGAACUCUGACUCAAAAUAACAGCUAAAGGACCACACUGCACCUCUUCUUUCAUUAUAGCUACAUAUUUGAUGUCUGAAUUCUCCUUUGACUUCUCUUGUAUUUGGCCAAGGUCUAGGCUUUAUUAAUAUUCCAAUAUCCUGGAGACCCUCAACUGUGGGAAACAACAACAGCAUAUAUGCAAAUGUGGGUGCACAGUGCAAGAGCUAUUCGCCAAAUACAAGACUUAACAAGGCCUCCUAAGCGCCCAUGCCUUCUUUUCUCUUUGUUUUCAUACUCAGAUACUCCCCAAAGGAAGACCAAGGUUGCCCCUUUACAGGAGACUAGAAUGAGAGAUAGAUUUACACUGUAUGCCAAGGGAGGUGAUGGUGGCAAUGGUUCUACCAGCGUUCGUCGCAGCCGACAUGAUCGCCAUGGUAGACCUGAUGGUGGAAAUGGUGGAAGAGGUGGUGAUGUGAUUCUGGAAUGCUCCACUGCAGUUUGGGACUUUAGUGCUCUGCGACAUCAUGUUAAUGCAGGUAGAGGGGCUCACGGAGCCUCAAAGAACAUGAUAGGAACUCGGGGAGAAGAUAAGGUUGUCCAAGUACCUCUUGGCACGGUAAUUCAUCUUGUCAAAGGUGAAAUUCCAUCCUUGAUUGAAAAUCAUACUUCAACAGACUUGGAUCCUUGGGAACUCCCUGGUACACUUGCUACUGAUCACCCUGAAAUUGAUCAACAAUUUGCCUCUAAGAACAUGAAAUUGGCUGAGGCAGUCCAAUCAAUCUGCACUUCUGGUGACCUAACAUCUUGUACUGAAUUAGCCGUGGAGAAAUCAGAAAGCAUGAAGCAAGCUAGUGAAGUUGAAUCAGAGGGUUCAGAACUGAUUAGGUAUAAUGUUGCUGAACUGACAGAGCAAGGCCAGCGGAUGAUUGUUGCUCAUGGUGGUGAAGGUGGUUUGGGUAAUGUUUGCUACCCAAGUAUUUUGAAGACUAAGCCUACGAACCACAGUAAGGAUGAUGCAUUUAACCUUGAAGGAUCUAAUGAUGAUCAAUCCUUUCUUCGUGUGGGUUUGCCUGGUUCUGAAGCUGUUCUUGUGCUAGAACUCAAGAGCAUUGCUGAUGUGGGCCUUGUGGGGAUGCCAAAUGCCGGAAAAAGUACCCUUCUUGGGGCUAUAUCUAGAGCCAAGCCUACUGUAGGCCACUAUGCCUUCACAACUUUGAGGCCAAAUUUAGGGAAUCUGAACUUUGAAGACUUGUCAAUCACAGUGGCUGAUAUCCCAGGAUUGAUAAAAGGGGCCCAUCAGAAUCGUGGACUAGGACAUGCUUUUCUGCGGCACAUAGAAAGGACAAAGGUAUUGGCAUAUGUAGUAGACUUGGCUGCUGCAUUAGAUGGUAGAAAGGGAAUCCCACCAUGGGAACAACUUAAGGAUUUGGUGUUAGAGCUUGAGUACCACCAAGAAGGUUUGUCAGAUCGACCAUCCUUGAUAGUGGCAAACAAAAUUGAUGAGGCUGGGGCUGAAGAUGUCUAUAAAGAAUUGGAAAGAAGGGUACAAGGAGUUCCCAUUUAUCCAGUGUGUGCUGUCCUGGAGGAAGGCGUACCAGAGUUAAAAGCUGGUCUUAGAAUGCUGGUGAAUGGAGGUAAUAAAUCAAACAAGCUCAGCAUGGAAAAUAUUGAUGUUGAUUAGCUAUAAAAAGAGAAGAAUCAUGUCUGGCAUGGCACUAGUGAUCUCCUCUGUUUUGUCUUGUCUAAAUAGAACACAAUAGUUCCCCGGCCCCCAAUUGUUGUAUAAGAGUUGAUACUAGAAUUUGGACAAUAUUUUUUGAAAAUAAAAUGAAUUUGUGAAA